CCGGGUGGUUGGGUUUUUUUUUAUUGAAGGACAGGAUUGAAGUUUGAUGCUGCGAUGAUGAGGCUGCAUUCCGUGUACCGUUUGCUUUACUUUUCAAUCCUCUUUCCCAUUUCGGACGCUUCCCGGCCGCACAUCGUCUUCAUCCUGGCUGACGAUUAUGGCUGGAACGACAUCGGCUAUCACGGCUCCCAGAUCCGAACCCCGGUCUUGGACAAGCUGUCAGCCCAGGGGGUCAGACUGGAGAAUUACUAUGUCCAGCCCUUGUGUACGCCUUCGCGCAGCCAGUUACUGACCGGCAGGUACCAGAUCCAUACAGGUUUACAACAUGAAAUCAUCUGGCCCUGUCAACCAUACUGCCUCCCAUUAGAUGAAAAGCUGCUGCCUCAACUGCUCAAGGAGGCUGGUUAUAGCACUCACAUGGUGGGGAAAUGGCACUUGGGCAUGUACAAGAAAGAAUGCCUCCCAACGCGGAGAGGAUUUGAUUCCUAUUUUGGUUACUUGUUGGGCAGUGAGAAUUAUUACACUCAUGACCGGUGUUAUUUUAUCGCGCCACUAAACGUCACUCGCUGUGCACUGGACUUGCGUGACGGAGAAGAAGUUGCUGCUGGAUUUACAGACAUGUACUCGACCCAUUUAUUUACGCAGAAAGCCACUGAGCUACUGUCCAAACAUGACCCUAUGCAGCCUCUAUUUCUGUACCUGCCCUUCCAGUCAGUUCACUUACCACUUCAAGUGCCUGAGGAGUACAUGGAGCCGUACAGUUUUAUCCAUGAUGAACAUCGGCGCCAGUAUGCAGGAAUGGUGUCAGUGAUGGACGAAGCUGUGGGGAACAUCACUGUUGCUCUGCAGAAGUAUGGAUUCUGGGACAAUACCGUCUUAAUCUUCUCCACAGACAAUGGAGGACAGACCUUGGGGGGUGGCAAUAACUGGCCCUUGCGAGGGAGGAAGUGGACAUUGUGGGAAGGAGGUGUCCGCGGAGUGGGUUUUGUCACUAGCCCCCUGCUAAAGCAGCAAGGCAGAGUUAAUCGAGAACUCAUUCACAUCUCUGACUGGCUCCCUACUUUAGUGUCUUUGGCCAAAGGAUCCACUAAUGGCACCAAACCACUGGAUGGCUUUGACAUGUGGAAAACUAUCAGUGAAGGACAUCCCUCACCCAGAAUUGAACUGCUUCACAACAUCGAUCCACUGUUUGUUGAUAAUUCUCCAUGUCCCUCCUUGUCCAAUGAAAAUGCUCCAUCCAGCAUACAAGUGACUAAGUGGCAGAAUUCCACCUUUAAUGUGUCAAUUCAUUCCGCAAUCCGAUCUGGGAACUGGAAACUAUUAACUGGAUAUCCUGGCUGCAGUUACUGGUUCCCACCACCAUCACUAUCCAAACAAAUGCAACCACUGUCACCUGAGGCACCAAAGAAAAACGUUUGGCUUUUUAACAUUGCAACUGAUCCAGAGGAGAGAGUUGAUCUUUCAAACCAUUACCCCAGCAUUGUUGAGAAGCUGCUGUCAAGACUUCAACACUAUCAGGACAAUGCAGUGCCAAUUAUCUAUCCAGAUGAAGACCCAAAGUGUGAUCCUAGCAAGACUGGGGUUUGGGGACCAUGGGCCUAGGAGUCCAGAUUGUUUAAAGCUAAUAAUUUCUAUAGUAUCAUUGGCAUGUGCCAUUUAAUGGUAGGUGAUUGUGUUUCUGCUGAAGCACUAGACUUGAUUUCCAAACUCUGCAAGUGCCUUUUAAUAUUUCUGAUAAAUUCUGUGCAUCCAAA